AUGCCGAUAAUUUCUUCUUUAGAUGAUCUGGAGGAUCCGGCUGCAACGCCAGUAUUUUGGAUCUCGAAAUGGGUUGACUACUCAGACAAAUAUGGCUUGGGUUAUCAGCUUUGUGAUAAGUCCAUUGGGAUUAUAUUUAACGACAACUCGAAGCUGGUUUUGGACGCAGCAGGAGACCGCGAAAACGCCGAAGAGUACUACACGGUUACCUGCUAUCCGGAGACGUUACAAAAGAAGAUGCUGUUGUUGGGGUAUUUCAAAAAUUAUAUGACUGAGCAUUUACUUAAUGCCGGUGACAAUAUGCCGGUGCGUGAGGGUGAUGAACUGGCUCGACUGCCCGUCCUUCACACCUGGUUCCGCACCUCGACAGCAAUCAUUUUACACAUAAGUAAUGGCACGCUGCAAAUAAAUUUCUUUAAGGACCAUACGAAACUUGUGAUUUGUCCAUUGAUGGGAGCGGCAACCUACAUUGAUGCGAACCGCGAUUUUCGCGUCUGGAAGCUUUCUGCGCUAGCGAAGUAUGGCUGUCCGAAAGCGCUUUUGUAA